CAGUACGAGGUGUAAAAGCAGCAGCAGUGGUCUUUGGAUACCUUGGAGAAAACAUCACAUUGCCCUCAGGAGUCGACCCAUCAUGGAGUCUCAUCAGAAUUGAGUGGUCAAUAUUCACCAACAUCACUUCGAUUGCCACUUAUAACAAUGGGAUAGCAAACACUGAACGUUUCCGUCAGUACACAGGGAGACUCACUCUUAACACAAGAUCAGGUGACCUAACAAUUCACAACCUGAAGGAAAGUGAUGCCAUUGAAUACACUGUAGAAGUCAGCAACAGUGAGGAAAAGCUCCAGCAGCCAUCCAUCCAGAUAGUCACGAGCACAUCUGUAGAAAGUGGCUGUUUAAUGGUGGUGACCUGCUCUUCUCUGGAUGAGGGUGUUAACCUCUCCUGGAGUGUUGAACCAGUCAGUGUGCUCACCAUCAACAAGAGUCAUCCCAGUGACAGCUCUGCACAGCUUUUUGCGUUUGUCAGCACCAAAGAGAACUUUGUCAGUUUUACCUGCAUCUCCAGCAGAGAUACAGAGAGUGUUUCAUCCAAACCUGUCACACCAAAGUGUGAUAGUAAGAUCUGUGCAGCAGCCUCCUGUGACUGUGAAGGCUGGUUACUGGUUGUUAUUAGUACUACCUGA